AUGGAGCGGCGCGAGCGGGAGGCGGGAGCGGCCGGUGAGGGCGGAGGGGAGGGGCCGCUAGACCCCCCCCGCCAUGGGCCAACGCCCCCCGUGAGCCCCCGGCCCCCCCCGGGCCCGGCCGUGCUGCCGGCGGUGGGGGGGGGGGUGCGGCGGUGGAUUCCCCCCCCCCCACAACCGUGGGAUCCCGGAGAGAGCGACAGCCCCCCAGCCAUGAGCGCCCCCCCGCGGUCGGAGCUCGCCGCCGCCGCCGCCGCCGCCCUGCUGCGCCUGGGCGAGGAGCGCCCCCCCGCGGCCGCCAUGAGCCUCCUGCAGCGCAAGGGCCGCAACGAGUGGCGCCCCCGCGAGGAGGAGCCCAGGAAGGGGGUGCCCAAGGCGCGCGAGGGGGGGUCUCUGCGGCGCCCCCUGCGCGUGGGGUUCCUGACGCUGCCGGCGCCGCAGGAGCGCGGCCCCCGGCCCUGCGCCCCGGGCAUGGCGCCCCGCUCGCUGUCCUGCCACGCCGUGGGGCUCCCCGAGCCCCCCCCGCGACCCCCGGCACCCCGCCCCGGCCCCCACGAGGGGCGGGGCCUCGAGGCGCCGCCCGCCAAGAGAGGGGGCGCCCCCCGCGGGGGCUGCGUGCGCCAGACGCCCCCCCUGAAGCCGUCGCGCAGCCCCCAGACCCGGCUGUCGGCGGGCGCGGCCGCGGCCGAGCCGGAGGAGCCCGUGUACAUCGAGAUGGUGGGCGACGCGCGGGGGGGCGCGGCCCCGCCCCCCGAGGAGCCCGAGGCCAUCUACGAGGAGAUGAGCUGCCCCCUGCCCGCGGGGGAGGGGCCGGCCCCGGGACACGCCCCUUUCGCGGGACACGCCCCCUCCUACGGACACGCCCCGCCCCACGCCCCUUUCGGCGGCCCCGCGCUGCACUCCGGCCACGCCCAUUACGCGGGACACGCCCCUUUCUCCGGACACGCCUCUCACGCCGGCCGCGCCCCUUUCAUCGGCCACGCCCCUUUCUCCGGCCCCGCCCCCAUCCCGCCUCCUUUCCCCAACCUGCUGCCGCCCCGCCCACCCCCGCUGGCCCCGCCCCCCGAGGGCGCCUCGCGCCUGCCCCUCCCCUCGCGCCGCGAGGCCCCGCCCCCCGCCCGCGCGCGCAGCCACUCCACGCCCCUCCCCCCGCACCACGCGCCGGGAGGGGCGGGGCGCGAGCGCGGGGGGGCGGGGCUCGGCCCGCUGCCCCUCCCACCCUCCGCCGAAGCUCCGCCCCCGGGGAAACGCCCGCCCGCCUACGAGAGCCUGCGCGGGGGCGUGGCCUCGGCAGGCCCCGCCCUCGCCCGCGAGGAGGAGCCGCCCCUUCGCCGUGGGGGCGGAGCCUCCGCCCGGCGCGGGAAGGAGACCGAGAAGGCGCCGGAGCCCCCCCGGGAGGAGCGGGCGGGGGCGGGGUCAGGGUCGGCCCCGCCCCCCUCAGGGAUCCCGGUGAGGGCGGAGGGGCCGCGGGGGCGGCCGGGACCCCCCCUGCCCUGCCAGACCUUCCCCGCCUGCGGGAGAGCCUCGGAGCUCCCCGGGGGUCCCCGCCUGGGCCGCUCCGCCUCCACCUCGGGGGUCCGCCAGGCCGGAGCCCCCUCCCCGUUCCCGCGGGGCGCGCCCCCCCCCUCGCGGCCGCUCUCCGGGGGUCUCCCCGGGCACGGCGGGGUCUCGGGGGGGGGCUCCUCGGGGGUCUCGUCGCUGCCCGCGGCCCCCCGGCCCCGGGACGGGCAGCUGCAGGAGGUGAUCGAGCGCAAGCGCUGCGUGUGCACCGAGAUCAAGGCGCGCGGCGGGCGGGAGCGCGCGGGGCUGUGCCGGCAGGACAGCGCCCCCCCCCUGCCCGUGCCCCCCGUGCCGGCUCCGCCCCCCGCCCGCCCCCCCCCGCCCCCUCCCCCCCCGCCACCGCCGCCCCCUCCCCCCCCCGGCACGCCCCCGGCCCGCCGGCCCCACGCCGUGCUCUGGGACACCGCCAUCUGA